GCACGACUUCAAGUUUUGAAGAUUUGUGUCCACAUCCGGGAUAUACAUAACAAACACAUAUUUAAUAUACCUGCAAAAAUACGGCCUUCAUGUCAGAGGGUGCAACAUCAGACCGUCAGCCUUACAAGGUAUGGCGCAAGCAAUGGAAGAAAAUGAGAAGAAAAAAACUUAGGCAAAUGUCAGCCAAGUUCCGAGACUACUUUGAAGAAAAAAAGGAGAAAGAGAGAAUGAAAGAUAAAGCAUAUUGUGCCUGGCUUCAAGAGCAGGAGCAUCUGGAAGAGCUACAGGAGGCUGAGGAAAAUGCUGCAAUGAUCCAAAGGCACAAUGCGUGGCUUGACAGAGAAAAGCAAGCUCAGCUUGAGUGGCAAAGGAAAAAGUUGAAGGAGGAAAAGGAAAAGCAUGCGCGGGAGCUGCAGGAGAAACAAAUCCAAGAGGAAUGGGAGGCAGUUAAGAAAGCUGAGGAGGAGGAGAAGCGAGCGCGUGAAGAGGAGGAUCAGAGGCGGAAGCAGAGGCAGGAGGCGCUGCUGCAGGAGGCAUUGUCGGGACUAGAGGGGAGUGCCCCAACCGAGAACCCGCCGGUGCCCACCUCGGAGGAGCGCACGGUGGAGACCCGACCGGGCCUACCGCUCUGUCCGUUUUUCGAGAAGACAGGCUGCUGCCGGUUCGGCUCGCGGUGCUCGCGGAACCACCCGCACGUGCUGCUGGGCCGCUGCCUGCUGCUGGAGCACCUUUACCAGCCGCUGGGCAUGAGAUUUACGCAGGACGACGAACAUAACCUGGACGUGGGGCUGGAGUUCGACGACAGGGAGCGGGCCGAGCACUUCGACGACUUUUACGGGGAUGUACUGCCGGAGCUGCGCUCCUGCGGAGAAGUGGUGCAGUUCAAGGUGUGUCAAAAUUACGAACCACACCUGCGGGGAAAUGUAUACGUGCAGUACGCGACUGAGAAUGAAGCGGCUCGCGCUUUUACCAUCUUCAACGGCCGCUGGUACGGAGGCCAGCAGAUAUCGGCCAGGUUUGUGGACAUUCAGCGGUGGAGCAGGGCGAUAUGUGGCGCCUUCUUCAAAGGCACGUGUCCCAAGGGCAGAAACUGCAAUUUCCUCCACGUGUAUAAAAAUCCUGGCAGCGAAUUUUGGCGGGCAGACCGAGACAUGCCGUCAGGCGUGGCGAUGCCCUCCCGUGACUGGUCGACGUCGCGCAGGCAUGACAGGAACCAGAGCGCCGGACACCGCAGAGGCCGGCAUGACUCGAGCGACAUGGAGCGGGACUCGAGUCGAAGGAGUCAUGCCUCCAGGCGGAGAGACGGCGAGUCCCGAAACCGACACAGGAGUCCGCCCAGCGACCGCGAGGCCCGGGUGCGCGGCGGAGAUGGCGACGCAAUCUCGAGGAUGAGCAGCCCGUCGCGAACAGAUCGCGCCAAGUCCUCCGAACGACGCAGAGACCGUAGCGGCCGAAGGCCAUCGCGAAACCGUGACUCCGAACUGACGCACGUGUCAUCCCGGCGCGGCUCUUCCAGCAGGGAGCGAUCUACGGGACGCAGGGAGCGGGGAAGUUCUCAGACGCCCGAACGACACAGGUCUCGCAGCAGAGACAAAUUAUCUCAGAGCCUGAAGCUCAAUCCCAAGCGCUCCAACGAUCACGGCAGCUCUCGAUCACGACACCGCCACUCGGGAGGCGGGGACGACACCCGUCCUAGGAAGCGGCGGCACCGGGCGCCGGACCCGGACGAGGACCGGGCGCCGGGAGACGACGGAGACCUGCCAGUGACCGCCGGCCCUGACGGUGCCGAUCGCCGGGGCACGGCAGGCCGGGCCGAGGGGCGCUGUGAGGGAGACGGUGACCCGCCGCAGGACGGAGCGGCCUCGGCGGACGGCACCGCGGCAGAGUCCGACCUGCCGCUGCCGUCGACCAGUACCGGUCCACCGGGCAGGCGGUAGAUUGGCUCUGGUGGGGAAGGGGAGCGGUUGGAGGCGGCGCUGCGCCUGUGGUGGCGGGCUCUCAGUCCGCAUCUCCGCUCGACAGGGCCGCCGCCCGGCAGACGGCGGCCGCGAGGACAGCGCACCAGCUCCGAACGUCGAAGGCCUUCUACUGAACACGCGGGAAGUUUUUCAUGCGAGGAAGAGAAUGGAGGUGUCUGAUUGUAGGCUAUGCGGCAGGACUAGCUGGUGGGGAUUACCCAUCAAAACUGUGAUAUUUCUCGUGGCGAUCUCAGGUCGUAUUAGUGUUACCCGGUCGGCACCCGGGAAAAUAAAGUGUGUUCGUGCUGUACCACGUUGCUGACAUCGUAUGCGGGUCUGGGAAGUCGUUCUCCAUUAUCCGGUCGCCAAUGGCCUUAACUAAA